GAGCAAAGUAUGAGAGAGAAGAAAACGUGGCGCAUAUAACUUGGAAGAGUCAAACCUUACCUCACUGCUUCCACAAAUGCUUUCUUCGUCAUCACACCUCACACCACCUUCCUAAUUUCUACACCUAAUAGUGCGUAGUUUUUAAUAUUAAACGCAUUUUCUUCUCAUCUUCUUUGCUUCCACUUCAAAAUCUCAAAAAGAAAAAAAAAAAAAAGACAAUCUCUCUCUCCAAAUGAGAAAAUGACACUAGUUGUCAAUUGUGCUGCACAAGUUACUUCACUGUCUCUUCCUUCUUUCACUUCGACCCUUCAAACUCAAACCCUAAAAAAUUGUUAAUCUUCACAAACCCAACAACCCCUUUAGAAAAAAGAUCUCAUUUUUCUGCUUGGUUUUGUUCAGUGUGUGAAAUGGGUGUAUCCAAUGGGAAUGGAAUCUGACCCUUUUCUUCUUCUUAUGCUGCAUUGUUCCCAAUGGGAAAAGCCGAAGAAGAACAUCAACCUCUGCCUCAGUCCGAGGAUCCACCGCAGAAUGCGGAGACAGAGUGUCGGUGUUCUCGGAUUCGGAAACUCGUUGGUCUUAGAUGCAUUCUCGUACUGGUGCUGUCUGUUGCGGUGUUUCUCUCUGCCUUGUUUUGGUUACCCCCUUUUCUUCGUCUCGCAGAUCGGAAGAAUCUGAAUGCCGAUUACAACGGUCAUGAUAUUGUUGCAAGCUUUAAUCUUAAUAAGUCAGUCUCUUUGCUAAAAGAAAACUCCUUUCAGCUCGCAGAUGAAAUUUUUGAUGAGAUAGAUGUUCUCUCUACCAAAGUAGUCAUCUUGUCUCUAGAUCCCUUACCUGGGCCAAACAAGACAAGAGUGGUGUUUGCAGUUGAUUCUGAUGAUGAAAAUACAGAAAUGUCUUCAGCUGCCACUAGUUUGAUAAAAGCAUCAUUUACAUCCCUGGUUAUACACCAAUCAAUUCUCCAGCUCACUUCUUCAUCCUUGUUUGGAGAUCCCUUCUUUUUUGAAGUGCUCAAAUUUAAGGGAGGAAUUACUAUAAUUCUGCCACAGAAUGCAUUUCCUCUGCAGAAAGUGCAAACACUAUUCAGCUUUAAGUUGAAUUUCCCCAUUUAUCAAAUACAAUCAAAUUUUAAUGAGUUAACUACUCAGCUAAAGUCUGGAUUACAUCUGGCAUCCUUUGAGAACUUGCAUGUCAGCUUAUCAAAUUCUGAAGGUUCAACAGUAGAUUCUCCUACUGUUGUUCAGACAUCUGUUCUACUUGCAGUUGGGAUUCCUCCAUCAAAAGAGAGGCUAAAGCAGCUGGCACAAACCAUCAUGGGACCUCAUAAUCUUGGCUUGAAUAACACUGAAUUUGGUAGGGUUAAGCAGGUCCGACUUUCAUCCAUCUUGCAGCACUCCCUUCAUGGCAGUGAUGGUACAUGGUCACCUUCUCCUGCUCCUAUGCCACAUCCAUCCUACCACCACCACCACCAUCAACACCGACAUCAUCAUCAUCAUCAUCACCAUGAUGCCCAUCUAACUCCUGCAACUUCUCCUGUACCUGUACCUGCACUUGCACCUACACCUAUAUCUUCACCUGAGGAGGGUAUAACUCCACCCAAGGUUGUUUCUCCUGCCACUACAAAACGUGCGCCUUCACCUGGGAAAAAUUCUCAGGCUCAGCCUCCUAAUUGUCAUUUUGGGUAUAGAAAAAGGUCUACCCAUCAUGCUGGGAAGCAUGCUCAUCUUACACCUGUAGUUGCUCCUAGUAUUGAUCCACAUUAUCCUGUUCCUGUUGCAUCACCAAAAUCACAGGUUGAAUCCCCAGCACAUGUCCCUCAUUCAGUACCUGCUUUGAGCCCUUUACCAAAUGUAGCUUUUGCUCAUGCUGAGCCCCCUCCUAAGAAUGAACCAGCAGCAGAACGUUCACACAUUCCUUCUCGUGGACCACCAUUAUCUUCGUCUUCUGCAGGUUGUCUUGGAACUGUUAAAUGGACAUAUUUGUUCAUUGUACUUGUGUUACGUGUAUAACAUGGUACUUGAAGUGUAUCAAUCGACCAGACAAAUGAGAGUACUAAAAAUGUGAGCUAGCAAAAGGCAAGCAACACAUUCAUCUGAGUGGAUAUAAGUUGUCAUCAUGCGUGUAAAUAGUUGAUUAAAAGAUCCAGAUGGUGUAUGUGUUUUCAGGUCAAAGUCCAUAAGUGGCAGUCCUUGAUUACACACAGUACCGCUGUUUUGUGAUGUAAGAUGAAAAAAAAAUGAAAAUGAAAGCCAAAAAUGAAGAAAGUAACAAUUUUCUUUUUGUUUCUCAUCCCUUGCAAUAAAAUCAUACUGUAUGCUUCUCUAUGCCAGCUAAAGGUUAUGUUAGCCGAGCUUGACCAGCAAAAUGUUCAACCAAUGGUGGCAAUGUAACACGGUUUUGUUGUUAAGAUGUGAAAUUGUGAAUUCCUUUGGUUCU